GGCAGCGAGCUGCACUGGCUGGCCUGUGCGCUCUACGUGGCCUGCAGGUCUUCGGUGCCCACGGUGGGGAAGGGGACUACUGAGGGGAACUACGUGUCACUGACCAGAGUCCUGCGCUGCUCUCACAUCAGCCUCAUCGAGUUCUUCAGUAAGAUGAAGAAGUGGCAGGACAUGGCCAAGCUGCCACAGGACUUCUGUCAGAGUACCGACAAGCUGGAGCGGAACUUCACCGUUUCAGCCGUCAUCUUCAAGAAGUACGUUCCCAUCUUCAGAUCCAUCUUCAAGACCCCAUCAGAGGAGCCGCUUCGGGUCCAUCGCAGUCGCAAACAGAGACGCCACCCGUGCUCUGUGAGUGAGCUCUUUAACUUCUGCUGGGUGCUCUACGUUCACGCUAAAGGGAACUUCCCCAUGAUCAGCGACGACCUGGUGAACUCCUACCACCUGCUGCUGUGUGCACUGGACCUGGUCCUCACCAAUGCGCUCCUGUGCAGCGCCAGGAGAGACCUCCUCAAUCCAAGCUUCAAAGGUCUCCCUGAGGACUUCACCAGCAGGGACUACAGGCCACCUCCAGGUCCGCUCUGCUUCAUGGAGCAGCUGUGUGAGCUCCACGACGGGCUUGUUCUGGAGGCCAAAGGCGUUAAAGAACAUUUCUGGAAGCCGUUCAUCAAGAAGCUCUUCCACAAGAGAAUUCUCCGUGGAAAGGAGGACAGUCUGAGUGGUUUUCUGGAUCCGAUGAACUUUGGAGACAGUUUCUUGUCGCUCAGUCGCCUCUAUGAGGAACAGGUUUUGGCCUCAGGCGGUCUGGAUGAAAGGAUCUUCACUGGGGAGGGGGCCAGCGAGGACAUUGGGACCCCAGAGCCCAGCCUCUGUGAGGAGGUGGAGAACCAGGACAGCACCCUCUACAGGCUGCACACCAGCCUCGCUGCUUCGGUUCUGAAGGUCUCUACUCCUCUGACCGGGAGGAAAUAUGUACAGGAGGUCCGCCUGGCGUCUCCGCUGUCUACCGCUAUGAAGAGUGUUGGGCGCCUUCACACUCUGCUGUCAGGAACCAGAUAUGGGCCAAGCUCCAAGUUGACACAGAUCCUCAGGGGCUGUUCCAGAGACCCCAGUGAUGUCAUCAGUCAGCGCCUGAAGGACAUGUUAGACAUCUUCACACAGCAUCAUGAGGACAGCACUGAUGACAGCAAGGGGAUGGAAAAAGCAGACAUGGCCGUCAAGUUCUUCCACCUGAGCGAGGCGCUGUACUACAGGAUCCUGGAGUCCAUCGUUGAGAGAGAAAAGAUGAUCCUGGGAGACGCUGACCUGUCUUGUAUUCUGGAGCAGGACGUGUUCCACCGCUCCCUGCUGGCCUGCUGCCUGGAGAUCGUUACCUUCUCCUACAGACCUCCAGGAGACUUCCCCAGAGUCAUCCACACCUUCCAGCUUCCUGCUUACCACUUCUAUAAGGUGAUUGAGGUGCUGGUCCGGUCGGAACAGGGUCUGUUUCGGGAGGUCGUGAAGCACCUGAACCAGGUGGAGGAGCAGGUUCUGGAGAGCCUGGCUUGGACCAGCAACUCCCCGCUGUGGCACAGUCUCCAGUCAGCCCAAGUCCCGACCUGCCAGGAGGUGAUGCAUCCUCAGUACCUGGAACAGAAUGAAGACAGCGGUGGGGCUGGCAUUGCCCUCACUCCAGCCUCACAGGGACCAGACCUCAGCACCAACAGCACCAUCACAGGCGUGUCCCCCUCCCCCACCACCCUGCAGGACCGGUAUGGCUCCCCCCCCACAGGUGGAUUUCGUCGCCGUCUGUUUGUUGACCCGACGGAGGGUGAGACCAGCGCCACAAGAACACCACCGAGCAGCGUCACAAAGCCGAGCCUCAUUGCCACCAUUCCGGCGGGGCAGACUGUAGUGGCGACCGCCACCGUCACGGCCAACAACGGGCAGACACUGACUAUACCUGUGCAAGGGAUACCCAAUGAGAAUGGAGGAUUCACUUUCAUCCCAGUGCAAGUGGGCGGGGCCACACUUCAGCCACUCCCUGCCCAGAACCUGACCAGCACUCUCGCCAUCCAAUCAGCUGUCACCAAGCCAGUCACUAAAGCAGUCAGCAGCCCACUGAGGAGAGGUUCCCUCUCUCUGUUCUUCAGAAAGGUGUUCCACCUGGCCAGCGUUCGUCUCCGUGAUCUUUGUGUCAAACUGGACAUCCCAACAGAUCUGAGGAGGAAGAUCUGGACGUGUUUUGAACAUUCUCUGGUCCACAGUACAGACAUGAUGAAGGACCGUCACCUGGAUCAGCUGCUCAUGUGUGCUGUUUAUGUCAUGGCUAAGGUGACCAAAGAGGACAGGUCCUUCCAGAACAUCAUGAAGUGUUAUCGCACACAGCCCCAGGCCAGCAGCAAUGUCUACAGGAGUGUGUUGAUCUCGGGGAGCACAAGACCAUCCUCCACCACAGACACCAACCAAAGCUCAUCAUCUGACAGCAGAAAGGACCCGGGUCAGAAGUCUAUGAAAGGUUCUUCAUUCAAGAGACUCACCUGGGUCAUAACCCAUCUGGGUGGAGACAUCAGUCCAGGUCUAACCUGCUCCAGCAGCACCUUGGUGACCCCCCAGCCCAGCGGUGACUCCUCCUCCUCAGCUGUGGAUGGUGGUGAGGAGGAACGAGGAGACCUGAUCCACUUCUACAACGAUGUCUACAUAAAGCAGAUGAGACAGUUUGCUGUGAGAUACUCAAGGAGCUCUCCGUCCACGGGGGCGGACCCCCCUCCACUGUGCCCGUACCCUACCUCGAGGACAGGCUCCCCACGUCGGAUGCUUCUCUCCAGCAAGCACUCCAUUUACAUCUCACCUCACGAGUCAGGCUCCGCCCCCUGCCCAGCCCUCCCCCGGGAGAAGAUCUGCUACUACAUCUGCAGCAGCCCCCCCAAUCGUCUCCAGGAAAUCAACAGCAUGAUCCGGACCGGCGAGACUCCCAGCAGGAAGCGCAGCAUUCCUUUGGACAAGGAGACAUCCCCCAAACGGGUCUGCCCCGACAACCACACAGCUCUGCUGCGCCGUCUGCAGGACAUUGCGAACGACCGAAGCUCCUCCCGCUGACUCCAUCGCCGUGACAACAGCAGUUCGAUCAGCUUCCCGUUGGGUCCGUGGAGAGAGAGGACGUAAACCCUAAAGGUGUAGGAAGAAGUUUAAUCUGACAGGUGAAGGUGUGACAGAAGCCUUCGUGUUCACAGGUAGAUUUUUAAGUGAUUGUUUCAGAUCUUUGGGUUUGAAUGACAUAAAACCCUGGAUUGAAAGAGAACGUUGGUUUUUGUAAAGCUUUGUUUCAUCUGUUUGUUCUCAGUCAUUAUUUUAACGUUUCACUUCAGCUUGUCGUCAUAUUUAUUGUAUUUUAGCCUCUUCUACUAGACGUCAUUUUAUGAACAAAUCUAUUAUUUGGUGUAGUUUUAUUUAACUGUCUGUUUUGUUUACCUGUUGCUUUCUUGUUCUUUGAAUUCACCCAACUUCUCUGUCAGGAUGGAGAAACUGUAAAUAUCUGUACAGAAGAGCAACUAUUUAACAACGGCGACAGAAGUUAAGUGCCUUUAUCUGUAACUCUGUCUUGUUUACACAAGACACAUUUUCUUGGUUUAAAAGCCAAACAAAUGAA